AUGUUUCUCGAAGCCGGUCAUACGUACACUACCCUGGUUCACUUCGGCACCGAUCCCACCAUUGCCUUCGAACGACCGGGAGCAAGCGGAUUCGGUGCGGGUGGGAUCAGGCUCGGGGCAGAACGCAAGGUUUCUUUGGCCGAAGAAAUCGACCGUGCCGUAGCCCUGGCCCAGCGGGUUGACCAAGUCGUGCUCUGCAUGGGAUUGACUGGUGACUGGGAGAGCGAGGGCUACGAUCGCACUACCAUGGAUCUGCCUCCCGGCAGUGAUGCCCUGAUCGAGGCCGUCCUAGCUACCAACCCCAACACAGCUAUCGUCAUGCAAUCCGGCAUCCCAGUUACCAUGCCCUGGAUUGACCGGGCGCUAUCUGUGGUCUAG